AUGGAUAGAGAGCAGGAAAAAAACAGAGAGCCUACUGAGUGCCAGGAAAUGGAGCACCAGGAGGUUAAGUCCUACAUGCUGGGCACCAAUAGUUUUAGCCAAACUCCAAUUGCGAGAUUUAGACCAAAAGCUGUAACUGGAGAGCCAUGUCCUCACGAGGUGGGGGAACGUUACCACCUUUCAUAUAAGAUGGGAAUUCGAGGAUGUCGCCUGAUCCACGACAUUCUGUCCGCUCAUGGGUUCAAGGAGGCUGAAGCCACCAGCAAAAAUUACAAUGUGCUCUGGACAGGGCCCCUCCAGAAACUAAGUCUCGUAACAAACCUUUCCAGCUUCCAACGAAUAAAUCACUUCCCAAAAUCAAAUGCCCUGGGCCACAAAGAUCAACUGUAUCAAAAUCUUCAAAAGCUGCAGAAAAAACACAGGGACCACAGUUUUGACUUCCUGCCUGAGAGCUAUGUGCUUCCUGGCCAGUACAAGGAAUUCUGCAAAGCUUUAUUAAAAGAUCGAGGUACUUGGAUUACAAAACCAGUGUCUUCAUGUGAAGGUCAUGGAAUAAACCUUAUUAAAUCUCCACCUAGAAUGAUUGGUAAAGAUAAGAUCCUGGUCUCCAAAUAUAUCAGUAACCCCCUCCUUAUAAACGGGCUUAAAUUUGAUCUCCGCCUCUACGUGCUGGUCACAUGUUAUGAUCCUUUAAUUAUUUAUUUAUAUAAGGAAGGAAUCACUAGAUUUGCCACUGAAAAGUACGAACUGACAGAAAACACUAUGAGCAACAGGUAUAUGCAUUUAACUAACUACAGCGUAAACAAGGAGAGCACAUCUUUUGUGAGAAGUCAGAAUCCAGACGUUGAAGACUGUGGCAGCCAAUGGAGCUUCAGUGCUCUGUUGCAUUACUUAAAGAGGAACGGUAAGGACACAGCAACCCUCAUCUCCAAAAUAGAGGAUCUUGUCAUCAAGGCAAUUAUAUCCGUAGAAGAAACAAUCGCCAUGUCAUGUAGAUAUACACUUCCUCACAAAAGAAACUGUUUCGAACUCUAUGGCUUUGAUGUAUUGAUCGAUGAGAACCUGAGUCCCUGGCUCCUGGAAGUUAACACAUCUCCAUCUGUAACUUGUGAUGAUUUCCUCAAUUUGAAAAUCAAGAGCAAUCUAAUUGCAGAUAUGCUUUCUUUAGUCGGUGUGGUGUGUAAGAAUCCUAUGGAGAAAAAAGAAAAACUUAACAUAGCUAACGCAUACGAUGAGGAGAUCUUUCAUUGGGUUAAGGACAGGGAGAAAGAGAGGAGAGGGGGUUUUGUAAGGCUAUUCCCUAGGCAAGACACAUGGCAGCGCUAUGGCCCUUUACUGACAUUCAAAGUCAUGAAUAAAGCCCUGUCUAAACAUCUUUAUGCAAAGAAACCUAAAAUGUAUGGAAUGAGCUGCAGUAUACCCCAGCAGAAUACAGAGGUGUAUAAGGAAAAGCUGCCUCCUUUAACCCAAACCAUGAUAAAGUACCAGGAGAAGACAAAUAAGUUAUUAGAAAUUUCAAAGAAGAAUCAGAAAAGUGCUGUAAAAGCUGUCCCAGAGUUGGUGAACCGAAAACCAAAAAUUGCAAAACCAACUCGUUGCAGUGGAAGGGACAAAAUCAUGGAGCUGUGGAGCAGGAGAUCUGGAAAAAUUUUGGAAACAUCUCUACGCAGUGGAAAGCUGUCCCAGAGGCAUGGAGCAAGAAAUCAGGAAAAAUUGUGGACACAGCUCGCUGUGGUGGAAAGGAAGCUCUCUUGGAGGUAAGGAGCAAAAGACCUGGGAAAAUUGUGGAAACAUCUUGCUGCAGUGGAAGAGAAGUUGUCCCAGAGGUGAGGGGCAGGAGACCAAUAAAUAUUGCCGUAACAUCUUUCAGCAGUGGAAAAGAAGCUAUUCCAAAGUUAGGGAGCAGAAGUACUGUAAAAAUUGUGUAAACUUCUUGCCACAGUGGAAGGGAAGCUGUCCCAGGGAUGAGUCAUAGGAGACCAGGAAAUACUGCAGAAAAAUAUCACUGCAGUGGUAGGGAAGCUUUGCCUGAGGUGGAGAAAAGGAGGCCUGGAAAAAAAUUCCAAACAUGUCACCAAAGUGGAAGGGAAACUGGCCAGGAGUUGAAAAGCAGAAGACCAGCUGGUCCAAAGACUGAUAUUUUGGAGGCACGCCUUGGCUCAGUUGGUGGUGUAAAAGAACCAACAAUGAUUGAGAGCGACAAGACAGAAUGUUUGUGGCACCAAAAUAAUGCACUUAAAAAACGUUCCCAACAAAUUAAGGACAUAUGUGAUGGCUUUUCAUCUUAUUACAAACAGGCAUUCUUGGAAUAA